AUGUGGUACCUACUGUUCUUGGUCAUUGUAAUACUCUCCGCAUCACAAGAAUCUCUUGUUUUGUCUUCAUCACCGACGCCGAAGAGCCCACAUCGAUGCCUAAGCCACCAGAGGUCCGCCUUGGUGCAACUGCGGCAAGAUGUUCUAAAGCACUACGAUCCUUCUGUUAGAUUUGAUGAUAACUCUUCAAUGAAAGUUCAGCAAUGGAAGCUGGAAAGAGAUUGCUGUUCAUGGGAAGGUGUCACCUGCGACGUCGCUGGUUAUGUCACUGGCCUCAACCUCAAUUAUAGCAUGAUUUCCGGUCAUAUCAGUGCCAUAUUUGAUCUCCACCAUCUCCAAUAUCUUAGCCUUGCUAGCAACAACUUCCGGCUCAGACUAGAAGAACCCAACCUCCAGACAUUUUUCCAGAGCCUGAAUGCUCUCAGAGAGCUCAAAUUAGAUUAUGUAGACCUCUCAGCUCAAGGUUCUAACUGGUCUGAUGCCUUAGCUCAUGCACUUCCUAACCUUCAGGUUUUGAGUUUGUCUUUCUGUCGUCUUUCAGGACCUAUUCAUCCUUCCUUCUCACAGCUCAAAUCUCUAUCCCACAUCGGCCUUGAUGGUAAUCAUCUCUCAUCUGAGGUACCCCAUUUUUGGGCGGAUUUCUCAAAUUUGGUAACUCUCAGUCUCAGAUCUUGUGGUUUGCAUGGGAGUUUUCCUGAAAAAUUGUUCACACUGCCGAAAUUACAAACCAUUGAUCUUUCGGACAAUUCACUCCUCACCGGUCAGUUGCCAAAUUAUUCACUGAAUAAUUCUUUUCAGCAGAUGAUACUGUACAAGACAAAUUUCCAUGGGAAAUUGCCAGACUCCAUUGGUAAUCUCAAGUUCUUGACAACUUUACUCCUCUAUAAUUGUAAUUUCACUGGGUGGAGCCCAUCAUCACUUGCCAACCUGACUCAAGUUCUUGAAUUGGAUCUCAGUUACAAUAGAUUCAGUGGUCCAAUACCUCCAUUUCCUUCUAGCACUGUUCCAAAGCUUGUAGACCUUGGCUUGUUUUACAAUCUCCUACUCUUGUUUCUCUCCCUUGCUGCCAACAACUUUAAUGUCAGCAUGAAGCUUGACAUCUUCCAGAGUCUCCAGAACUUAACCAGUCUCGAUCUUUCAGACAACAAUUUGGCAAUUGAAAGUGACGACAAUGAGGGGUUUACAUUUCCCAGUCUCGAAGAAUUAAGAUUGAGCAGCUGCAACUUAACCGAAAUCCCUAAGUUCCUCUAGAAUGAAGUUGC